UCGGUGAUAUACGGUCAUCAGUGAGUGUAAGGAAGACGUAGAAAGUGAGAACCCACACGAGGAGGGAAGCUAUAUAAUUACCAUCCGGUGAAAAGAGUUUCUUCAGUUUUAAUUUUACUUCAUUGUGUUGUGCACUCAGGGGGACAAUUAUUGUUGAAGAGAUGCGAUUAGUGUUUUUGAUUUCGGCCCUUUUGGGGGUCUGCCAGUUCGUUCGCGCCGAAAAUGCCUGGUCAUGGAAUAACGAGGACGAUUUUAAACCCUCUGGCAGUUUAAAUCAAGAUGAAAUUGAGGCAGCCGAAUCGUCCAACAGUAAUUCGACGGUUGUCGAAGACAUCGUCGACAGUAUCCUGUCAUCAACUCGACAAGGGAGGAACCUCGACGGUUUUGAUGAUUUAUACGGAGACCCAAGUGUUCAGGAGGUUUUGCAAAAAGGUGACGAUCGCGAGGCACGAAAUAUCAUAAAGGACAAACUAUGCUCGCUUGGUUUAAUGCAGUGCGAUGGGGAGGUUAUCCAGGGCAAACGUCCGUAUAUUUCACCGGAAGAUCUGGUGUACGCGCAACCUGUCGAUAUUAAGCCAAUCGGCCGUCCCAUUCCUUCAAUUCCAGUUAAGCAUCCCAUUCGCAACAAUCACUAUGGCCCACCGAGACCCGUGUCCAUUCCCGGAAAAUUUGGACCACCAGCUAGCCCAAACACACCGCCGCGCCGAGGGUAUGGACCACCAUCCAAACCACUCUACUCGUCACAAUCUGGAAAGCCCUUCAUUAACGGGCCCCCGAUUGGAAGCUACUACGAAGAAUCUGAAGGUUUCUUGUCUAAACCUCCCGGUCCAUUUUUCUCUCAGCCCAUCGAACCUGACAACGCAUUUGACUACGAUCAAAUCUCUUCUGCGCAUCACUCUUCAUCGCAUCAUGAUAAGAAACCGGUGGAGGUGGUCAUUAAGACUCCCGCCGGGCCGUCGGGUUCAUUACAGCAGCACGUUCAUCACCACUUCCACCACGCUUCGGGAAAUCCCAACAUUAAAGUGCCAGUACAAUCCCUUGUUGCCGGCGCUGAUGUCCUAGCGGCGCAAGAUCCACUGUUUAAACCCACACCAGGAUCCUUCCACCAUUCAAACUCGGUCUACAACAAUUACCGACAGGAAUCAAAUAAGUUCAACCCAUCCUUAUCUCUCGGUGGUAUCUCCGGUGUCUACGGUGGACAAACGAUAGCAAGCUACGGCGGUCUUGGCUCCUACAGCACGAAACCCGUAAUGGAAAAUUACUCGCCUCAAUCCUUCGACUCGAACAGCUUCGGCGCCUCGGUCGGGCUCUACGGAAAUUCCGGCCUGUACAAAAAAGAACUGAACAUCAACAGUCCGCUACAGUCGAACUACCUCUACGCCGGAAACUACAAGGGGGCCGAGUCCGCUCGUGGCGAAAAUUACGAUUGCGUUUGCGUGCCUUACAAUCAGUGCCCUUCGCAUGACAUCAUUGGGCGGAAAGAUGACUUGUACCUGGCGAUCGACCCUAGGAAUUUGAAGAGCGACAUUGACGCCCUCACUGAAGAGCGAGUCAUCACAGAUGGAAAUGGUACAAUGACCGUAGUACGCGUUCCAAAGGCAUCAGCAGCUGAGGUGACCGAAAAGAGCGUGACUAAGCGAGAGGUCAAGGACGCCAAUUCCACCAAGGUGGAAGCGCGCCAAGGCAUUAAUGACAACAGCAAAGUGAAACCAACGUUCGGAGUAUCAUUUGGUUUACCCAACCAAGGAGGCGGUGGAUACCCUUUGAAUCCCUACGGCCCCUAUCCACUAGUCAAUCCCUACGGUAACACCUUCGGAGGUGGAGGCAUCAACUUGGGCUUGGUAUCGGUUAACCCACUUUUAUCGAUUCAAGUUUCCAAAGACGACUACGGCGAGAAAGUUGUAAAACCGUUUGUCAACCUGCACGUAACUCCCAAUGACUUUGUCGUGCACAAAUUGGAUCACCUCUUUUCUCUCAAGAAAGAGGCGCUCUUUAACAAGUUUCACCAUGCUCCCGUUUAUCACGGGCCUCCCGUACACCACGGGCCUCCUAUACAUCACGGGCCAUCUCACUACGGACCGUCUAAACCCUUCCUUUACGGUCCGCCUGAAACCGCCGAUUACGACUACGGUGAAUACGAAGGUCACCACCAUUACGCUCCAAUUUACGGGAGCGACUACGAAGGUGGGUAUGACGACAAUUUCUACGGGCGUUCCUACGAAAACGGUACGCGUGGAGGAAAAAGUUUAUAUAACCACCACCAAGCUCAGUACAGCAACGGUUUAGGCCAGUACAGUGAGAACUACAACACGUUCCUAAGCCGUAGAGGCACCACCUCAUCUAACCCCGUAAAAUUCCCCACAAGUCGCCGUAAGCGACGCGAUACCGCAAAGAGACAAGCCAAUUACUACGGUGGUAAUUAUGGCAAACCGACAGUGUGCGGCCCCCGGCACGUCUGCUGCAAAAGACCGCUGCGACCGCAAAUCCCAACCCCAGGCUUUGGCAACCUGCAGCAGUGCGGAACGCGACACUCCCAAGGUAUCAACGGGCGAAUCAAGAAUCCGGUCUACGUGGACGGUGACAGUGAGUUCGGCGAGUACCCAUGGCAAGUGGCAAUCCUAAAGAAAGACCCUAAGGAAAGUGUCUACGUAUGCGGAGGUACUCUGAUCGAUGACUUGCACAUAGUAACCGCCGCCCAUUGCGUCAGAAGCUACUCCCCUUAUGAUCUACGGGUUCGUUUAGGUGAAUGGGACGUGAAUCACGACGUAGAAUUUUACCCGUACGUCGAAAGAGACGUAUCAGCAGUCGAGGUUCAUCCGGAAUUUUACGCCGGAACGCUGUAUAACGAUUUGGCACUCUUGCGAAUGGACAAACCUGUCGAUUUGGGUAAAAACCUGCACAUAAGCCCGGCGUGUUUGCCGCAUCCGCACGAGGACUACACCGGUCAACGUUGCUGGACGACAGGUUGGGGCAAGGACGCCUUUGGAGAGUUUGGAAAGUACCAAAACAUACUGAAAGAGGUCGACGUGCCCAUUAUGGCUUUCGGACAAUGCCAGCAGCGGUUGCAGCAGACGCGCUUGGGUUAUGAAUUUAAAUUGCAUCCAGGUUUCAUUUGCGCCGGAGGAGAGGAGGGUAAGGAUGCGUGCAAGGGAGAUGGUGGUGGACCGAUGGUGUGCGAACGAGGGGGUACUUGGAGGAUUGUUGGCGUCGUCAGUUGGGGAAUUGGAUGCGGACAGCCUGGAGUUCCUGGGGUCUAUGUUAAUGUCGCCCACUACUUGGACUGGAUACGUCAAACGACGCAGAGAUUUAAGUAAUUUAUUUUAAUGUUAACGUGUUGUUUAUUUAUAUUAGAUUUAAUAAGUAAUUUAUUUUAUUUUGAGUAUUUCUGCGCAAUCGCGUGGAUUUUAAUCAAAUUGGAUGUAAGAUGUCCUUCAAGUGUAAUGCUUCUAGCAUGUCAGUGACAAUAAGAACUUGAAAUUAUA